AUGAAUGGAAAGGUAGCAAUAAUAACAGGGUCGUCAUCGGGUAUCGGUGAGGCCAUUGCCGUCAAGUUGUCCUCAUUGGGUGCACAUGUGAUCAUCACUGGUAGGGAUGAGUCGCGCAUUGACGCUGUGGUGAAAAAGUGUCAAUCAUUUGGUAUACAAAAACAACUGGCAAUCGGUAUGAGAGCCGAUCUGGUAGUGGAAAGGGAUGUCAAACAGUUAGUCAAUCGGACUGUCGAAACAUUUGGUCGAAUUGAUAUACUUGUUAACAAUGCUGCCUAUUAUGAGGACAUGGAGUUUACAGAUCAGCAGUACAUUCAAUUGUAUGAUAAGUUUUUUGAUUGUAAUUUAAAAGCUAUACAAUUGUUGACCGGAUUAGUGAUACCAUAUUUAGUUGAAACUAAUGGCAGUGUUGUUAACAUAUCAAGUGAUUCAUCAGUAAUUCCUGACACCCUAUCACCGGCCUAUGCGAUGUCAAAAUGUGCAUUAGAUUUGUUUACCAAAUGUUUGGCCCUAGAAAUGGGUCCCAAAGGGGUUCGGGUUAAUAGUGUUAAUCCGGGCACAACUAGAAGUCCAUUACUGGAAAAGUUGGGCCCAAAUAUGAUGGACUAUUGGAUAGCGCACAGCGCAGAGUCAUAUCCAUUGAGACGAGUGGGCGAACCGCUAGACACGGCCGAAGCGGUAGCUUUUCUGGUCAACAGCAACAACACGACUGGCCAUUCAUUCAUAACGGGUGCUAUACUACGGGUCGAUGGCGGAGCUGUUUGUCAAAUGCAUUAG